GACGUUAUGACUAAUGACUUUAGGAAACGCGUAAAAAAUGUAAAAGAUCCAGUAAAAGAUUUUUGUUUUUAUCACAGAGUUAUGUUUUAUUUAUAACAUUUAUUUUGCCACUUCAGUUAUUUUUUUAAUUUAAGUUUUGAACAACUAAAUUUAUCACAUCCUUAGGUCGAAAAAUAGUUCUAAUUGCAUACAGCUAAAGUCAAUAAUAUAUGGUGUAAAUUUCUGUUUACAUCAAGGUACUUUAGCGAUUUCCCAAAAAUGAACUUGCCUGAACAUAUUUGCCGUUUGUGCCUACACGAUUUUUCGGGACCUCCAAACAAUUUGGGCGACAACACAAAGUUACAUUGGAUGUUGAAAGGAGUGCUUACAGGAUUGGAUAUACAAGUGACAGAGAGUCCGAAAGUUUGUCCGGAAUGUUUCAAGUAUGUCAAAUUUGCUUACCACAUUAAGGGAACUGUAAUUUCCAAUGAACACAAAAUUAUUGAGAAUAUUAAGUUGGCCAGGAGAAUUCAAGAAAAAACUUGUAGAUUAUGUUUUAAAUUGGGCGCCAAAAAAUUUAUAGCACUCUAUAAUUGUGAUCAGCCUUUACCUUUUACAGAAAUCAGAAACAUAAUAGAAGUUGCCGUAGCAGAGAUUAAUUUCCAUUUGUACAAAAAGCCUGUAAUCUGUAACAAUUGUUGGCAAAUUGUCCGCGCGAUGUAUUUGUUUAAGAAGCGAUGCUGGAUAGUAGAGAAACUUUUAAAGUACUACUGUAUAAACAAUAAAGUAGAUGUUUUGAAAGACCAGGAAGUGAUCAAUAUUAGUAAAUGUUAUAUGAGCCAUGUUAAAAAGUAUUUUGAAAAUAAUAGGGUCAUUGGAGUAGUGAAGGAAAAAAUUGCAGUAUUUCGCCAAAAGACAAGACACAUAGACCUACUCCAAAUUGAGAAACGAAUUUUUGAAGGGCCUAGCUUAAUAAGGUUUUUUAAAAAUGGUGCAAGUUUCAUAGACAAACUUAUAAAGCCCAUAGAUCAGGCCAAUUUCACCAGUGGUGGCAACAAUCUAAAAGAAGCCACUGCAAAGGACGAACCUCCUAGUAAAGUACUUUCAGUUUGUACAAUUUUUAAGGGAAAUGAACUUCGUUAUAGCGAUAGGGUUGAUGGUAAUUUUAUAUUUGAAAAUCAAUUGCCAGAAAUAAAAGAAGAAAUUUUUGAGGAAAUUUAUGAAAGAGAAGAGUGUUGCAAUGAAACCGAAACCAAUGACGUGAUUGAUAUAAACGACUUAAUACUGGAGUUUUCAAACUCACUAAAUUCAGAUGAUGAAUUUUCCAUGGAUUUUGCAAGUUUUAAUACUGAACACUAUGCUUAUAUACAAGACCUGCAAGACUUUUUGGAUUCAAUUUGGCCCCAAGAAAACUCAAUAUGUAUCGACGACAUGGACAGACAGCUCCAUCAAGCUGGCGAAUCACAGUUAAAUGAAACUAUGCAACUUAAUAUUAAUACCUCCACCCCAAAACACCAAAUUGCACCUAAAAACAGUAAAAUGGAAGACCAGAUAACUGCCAAUACAUCCCAAGUAAACUGUCCAUUGCUUGAAAGGACUUUAUUUAAUUUAGAUAAGUAUGGGGAAGUCAGCGUUUUUCAGAGAAAAUCCAGCGGCACCGGUGGUCAACAAAAAUUAACCCAUGUGAGCAAUCAAUAUAGUAACACUGUGCAGAGCUCAAAAAAAUGGAACCAAAACUUAAAAUUGUUUAAUUCCAUUAGAAGAGAUUUGAAACAUAAAACUGACAUUGAUGGCCAGAAAAAUAUUAAAGAAAAUGCUCAAAAUAAAAUUGCGCCCCUCGUUCCUUCGCCGCUGAUAAUUUCGACACAAAUAGAAAGGCAUACCUCUAACAAUGACAGGAAAGAAAUAAAAAAUUUUACCAAACACAAUGGUAAAAUAUGUGAGACUGAAUGUCAGGAGAGUACUCAGAAGACUGUCAUAGAAAGUAAUCAAAUAUGUGCAACAGUUGAAACAGCUCAGCCUAAGGGUGUUGAACACACUUUAGCCUCACCUGCUCUAACUACCAUAAUUCCAAAAUGCAAUGGGCCAUUAAAUGAUAGCUGUAACUUAAAAGAAAUGGAAGUAGUGUCCUUAAAACCUGAUAAUAAAAAGCAGACCAUGGAUAUAGUCUUGCAAGAAAAUAAGAGCAAUAAUUGCAAAUCAGUGGUGUCUGAGCAAAUUAAUUGUCAAAGCACAGUAAGCACAAAAGAAGAAAAUGACCAAGCGGCGAGUAAUGAUAAUGGUCAAGUGAACAUCACAAACGUUAUCACGAUUAAUGGAACGACCAGGACAAAUUUUUCGGGGGCAACCGUCACCAUGAACAUUGAAUUCUCGGACCAAAAAAGCGCGGAAACGGUUCCUACAAAAACCGACCCUCCAAAGAAAAAUGAAGAGAGCGAUAUAACAGACCAGAACAGUGAACAGAUAAAAUACGAAGCGACAAACAAUGAGAGAAGUGCGGAACAAUGCGAUCCGGGGAAAAAGAGCAUCGAUAAUCACAAAUACGAAUACGAAUGCAAUAACGAAAACAUCGUGCAUCGGAACCAAAAGAUUGCCACGAUGAAAACUAGUUCAUUGAAAAUUAAGGAAAUUCGGAGUCGGAAUAAUAAUCAAGACACUGAAGGCACUAACGGGUGGCACUGCGACGUCUGCCCUUUCAAAACGAAAUACAAACAGCACCUUACGCGACACAUGAAACUCCACGACGACAACGCCAAAAGCUUGGAUUGUCCGAAAUGUCUCUACUCCACGAAAAUAAAGCGCAACUUUCUGAGGCACAUGGCCGUCCACACGUCCAGCAAAGCGUUGCAGUGUCCGAAUUGUGAUUUUAACACCACUGACCGAACCGCAUUAAAAAAUCACACGUGCCUAAAGGACGAGGACGAGCGUGGUUCCCUCGUUAAACGCGAGAAUUCGAAAACCGGCAAAAUCGACCUGGGUUUCGAGUAUACCUGCCCCGAAUGCCCUUACGUAACGGCUAGACAGGAACAGUAUGUCGCGCAUUGCCGCGCGCACAAGAGUACCGAAAAAGUGUACAAGUGCGACAAGUGUUAUUAUAUAACGUCGAUAAAAGAUCACAUGCAGUUGCACGACCAAUCAAAGGGAAAAAUCUACAGGUACAAGUGCGAGUACUGUUCGCUCACGUGCAAGAAGAGGACCCACCUGGUGUCGCACAUGCUGGUCCACGAAGGUUCCUACAAGUUUGAAUGCAGUGAAUGCCAUUACAAGGCGAAGAGGAAAUCGCACUUGGUCACUCACAUGCUGCAACACCAGCGUCCAGAGAAAGUGUUGAAAUUUCAGUGCCUGCACUGUCCCUACAAGGCCAAGCGGAAGGAACACCUGAGGAUUCACACUCAGAACGUGCACUGCACCCAACAGGCGAUCAGUUUGAAUUCGAUGGCGCUCACGAAAGAAGAGAAUUGUUCCGAUGUCAUUUUGUUGGAGUCCGAUACCUACACCAAGAAAUCCAUCCAGUGUCCGUUAUGCUCCUACCAAAUUAAAUGUAAUUGGAGUUUGUGGAUCAAGCAUCUGUCUGAGGUCCACUAUCCUUCCAGAACUGACUAUUUUGAGUGUGCCAAGUGCACGCACAAAUCGACGAGCAGGCGGCAUUUCAUACAUCACCUCAAACUGCACAGGAAUUGAGAAGAGUCCUU